AUGCAACAAGCAGUUGGGAUGGUUUUAGUCCUUGGACAACUCGGAUUAUCCCUCGGUAUGUCCAAUCCUCGACGACUUAGAAGAAACUUCCCACUGACGCGAAAGGCAGUAUUUACCGUGAAGGCAUUUCAAUUACCAAGUGUUUUCGAUGUGGUGAAUCUCCGGGUCCUCGGGACGGUUGCUCUUGGUCUCGGAGUCCUGACCGAUAUCAUGAUCGCUAUCGCGUUGUGCUACUACCUCAACAAACUUCGCACAGGCUAUAAGCAAUCGGACUCAUUGGUGAAUAGCCUGGUGCGCUAUGCGAUCAACACAGGGGCCUUCACUAGUGCUGUCAGCGUGACGACGUUGAUUCUGUACAAUCUCAUGCCUACAAACCUGGUCUUCAUCGCCACGUAUUUCGUCCUGAGCAAACUCUACGCUAUAUCAUUCAUGGCAACCCUCAACACUCGGCGUAUAAUUCGAGGUAAAGGAACUGAUAGGCAAGGAACAAGCAAUCAUACGAACAUUUUCCCUCUCGGAACACGUGCUCCGAGCAUGGGCCCACAGGCUGAGGAAUGGGAGGAACAUAUCCCCCCAUCAUCGUCUGCCCCCUUCACCACAACGUCUGCAUCCGAGUCGGUGUACUCACAAGAUAUCAUAUCCCUUUAUACGGACUCGAAGAAGUAA